AGGAAGCUUUCGCUUUAAUGCUGGUUAAAAAAGGCUGUAGGAGCUUUUGUGCACUGCGGUGAGGAGGGCUCUUAAGUGCAUGGUUGGAGAUGGAGUUUCCAGAAGGUUUUAACCAGCUGGACCUCCUUCAGUCGCACGGUCACAUGAUUCCUGUGGGGACAGAGAGCGCAUGGGAGGAGGAAGAAGUCGAGGACGAUGACGACGAAUGCAACCACAGCGAGGAGUGGUACGAGCAGCAGGAGCUCAGACUGAAAGACAAUCCAGUGGAGCUGAUGCUUUGGGCUGCAGAAAAGAACAGAUUGGCCACAGUAAAGCAGCUCCUUGAAUCUGACCCGUCCCUGGUGAAUUGCCGUGACGAUGACGGUUACACUCCUCUCCACCGCGCAGCAUACAGUGGUCAUUUGUCUGUUGCUUCGGUUCUCCUGGACGCAAAGGCAGAGCUUCACGCGAGAACGGUAGACGGCUGGACUCCGCUCCACAGCGCCUCCCGCUGGGGGCACGCUGCUGUAGCAUCCUGUUUAUUGCGUCGGGGGGCAUCGGUCAAUGCCAAGACGACAGGCCAACUCACACCACUGCAGCUCGCAGCAGGAAACCCUGCAGCAGCAUUGACUUUGGAACUGCUGCUGUCACAGCGUGCCCUGCAGGCUGGACUGAAGAACGGUGCCGGAGAAACGGCUUACGACAUCGCACUCCGAACGAGUGCACAUUACAGUCUGUUCGAAAUGACGGAGCCAUGUAACAAUAUUGACUGACAGUUUCAGAAUGUGAAAUGAAUAUGAUGCAUGAACAUUUAAUGAAUUCAUACACUACAUCAGAACCGUACAGUAUCUGAUCAGGAUUCUGAUCUCCUUUCUCAAUGUAAAAGGGCCGAACACUAAACCCUGUGGAACACGCUGGAAUAGAGGAAAUAAAAUAAUAAUAAAAUAAUAACAAUAUCCAAA